CAGUUUUACGGAGGUGUUAGCAGAAACAACUACGUGUACUAUUUUGUAGCAGAUCGAGGACAAUUUGACGUUUUUCGUGUUCUCCGAGUAUGCGACUGCGCCAGGGAGCAGGCAUGUAGUAGCAAUGAGUUCGAGGCACUGUAUGAACUGGCUGUGGAGUGUAGCAGUUCUGCAACUCAAAACGCCAGAAUAUGUGGAACUGAUCUAGUGGAAUCCUUUGCUGGACAGGCUGGGCCGUUUGUAGUAGUGACUCGAUGUGAAGAUGUGGUUAGUAGUGGUCGAAAUCGUGUCUGUGCCUUCAGACUUGCUGAUAUUGACAAUGACAAGAACACAUAUUUCAAUUAAUGCAAGUCUGGAAAGCAAUCUGAAUCUGAGCCUCCUUGGGAGCCUCCAACAUCUUGUUUAGAGUUUACUAGGAAGCCAUGCCUUGUGAUUUUGGUCCUCCCUCUGCUAUUAGUGAUACUGGGAGAUCCAAUGCACAAAGAUUUGCAUUUCGGUUGGUCAAUGCUGGCAAUUCUCUCAUUACCGCGACGCUAGCAAUCUUUGUGGAAGAAGUCAGUUUAGUGUAUGUUGCCUAUGAUGGAGACAUUGAAGUGUAUGAAGUAAAAACAACAAAUAUCAAUAGUCCAACUGGUUCUCUGUUGCAAACAAUUGAUAAUGUCCAAUCAGUGCAAGACAUUGGCUGGGAAGAGGGAUCAGACAACAUAACUAUUACCACAGACAACCAGGUCUUUCUGUACCCUCUGGAGACGUGCUCAGAGUCAUCCUCAUGUGUGGAGUGCACAGGGGAAGACUCAUUUCCUCUGUGUGGCUGGUGUACAGUGGAGGACAAGUGUUCUCGGAGGUCUCACUGUCUCGACAGCUCUCAACCAGGGAGAUGGGUCCAGAGUUCCAGCGAGUGCAUCUUCACCGCUGUCUCUCCAGCCCAGUUCACUCUGGACUCCCCCACCAUUCUGCAUGUGACAGCCACCCCACCCCUGCCAAACAAUUUGACGUACAAUUGCUCAUUCUCAGCCCCUGGAGACAAGUUUACACUAGUGGUCCCUGCUAUUGAAGUGGCAGCAGGCACUCAGUACCAGUGUCAUAUCGCUAAUGUCGCUACUUUUCUGGACUCAGUCAAACGAGUUACUCACUUCAGCUUUGUCAGUGUUGAAGUUGGUGUACCGUUUGCUACCAGUGAAAAUACCCUCACAAUCUUCAACUGCAGUGCAGCUAAAAGUUGUGUGGAUUGUCUGGGUACCGAGGGAGCCUGUGGCUGGUGUCUGUAUGGAGGAAUUUGCAGUGGGAUAUCAGAACCUUGUCCCGGCCUG